GCCCCUUCACGAUUACCUUCAUACCCUUCUCCGCGAAGUUACCCAAAGAUCAAACGCGCCAAGGUCGUGCCCAUUCCCAUUCCGCCACCGCGUUCCACCUCAUCGCCCUAUAAAACCCCCACAUCUCUCUCUAUCUCUCCCAUUCAUGGAGCUCUUCCACAAGGCCAAGGCUGUGCGGCUUCGCAGCCACCACGACAAGUACCUUUCCGCCGAGGAGGACGAAGACCACGUCCACCAGGACCGCGAUGGCUCCUCCCCCAACGCCCGUUGGACGGUGGAGUACGGCAACGCUGGCCCUGUUGCUGUCAUCCGCCUCAUCAGCUGCUACCGCCGCUAUCUCACCGCCUCCAACGAGCCUUUCCUUCUUGGUAUGACCGGCAAGAAGGUCCUCCAGACUGUUCCCCGCCGCCUUGACUCCUCCGUCGAAUGGGAACCCAUCCGUGAGGGUUUCCAGCUCAAGCUUAAGACCCGGUAUGGCCACUACCUCCGCGCCAAUGGCGGUCUUCCUCCUUGGCGCAACUCCGUGACCCAUGAUAUCCCUCACCGCACCGCCACCCAGGACUGGGUCCUUUGGGAUGUCGACAUCGUUGAAAUCCGCAUCGAUCCUGCUUCCCCUAUCCGUGAUCACCCCGCUUCAUUCCCCUCUCAUCACCUGUCCAGACGAGAGGUAACGAUCGAUCUCGUCAUGUCUUCUUCCUCAUCUCCGUCGGGGUCGCCGCACAAAUCGGAGGGAAGGGUUAUCUACUACGCGAUAGCGGACGGGGACGGGAACGUAGAUGAAGGAGUUGAGCAACCAUCGUUUACUUUCAAGGGCACGGAUGUGAACGAGUUGUUUCAUAGGUUGAAAGAUGAAACGGAGAUGGAUGAUCUCGUUGUCUGCUCGAAGAAUCCACUGAACGGCCAGCUAUACCCCCUGCUUCUUGAUCUUCCUCCGAAUAAUACUACUAUGCAUGUUGUGGUCGUCAUGGCCAACUCCAAAGUGGCCAAGAACUUCAAGAAGCCAAAUGGUCCUAUAUAGAUCAGAGAUGAGGAGUGGAGAAGAAUUGGUUGCUGUUGCUGUUGCUGUUGCUGUUGCUGUUGCUGUUGUUGUACAGGUCUUGUACAUCUUACCUCUUGUUGUCUGGAUACCAACUGAUCUGGGUUUUGUUCCCGUCAUCAUUUUUCUAGCUGCAAUGGAUCUGAUUUAUACUCUACUGUAAAGGAGCUCCUCUCAAAAUUUGCCAGCCAUGCUUGAUGUUUGGAGAUAUAACUUUAAUUAUGUUUGAAGUCCAUAAAUUUUGUAAAUUGAUAUUAUUUUUCAAGCUUCCAUGCAUAUCAUUCAUGUUCAGCUGUAUAGGGUUUCUCUAAAUUUUUCAGUAGUAGUUGAUGUCUAAGGAUACCACCUGCUUGACAAUGCUUGCGAUUCAUUGUUGAUGAACGGAAAAAAGUACAAUUUUGUUUUAGUUGGAACUUAUUCAUACAAUGCUUUCUCUA